UCUCCAGCGCUGGUAAACAUGGCGCCGUCCAGAGAGAACAGCGUGAAAAAGAGCGAGGCAGAAAACAGCAAAACCUCAUCCAAAAACCUGAUAAACACCAAAACAGAGCUCAUACUGCAGAGCAGGAGACAUGCUAACGAUGUAUUCGACGUUCUGGAGCACCUUCAGUCUGAAAAAGAGAAAGAAGUCAUUUUUGCCAUCAACGCCUGUCAGAAGAUCUUUUGUGCUUUGCUGGAGAGAGGAGACCUGUAUGUUGGUCAGCUGCCCAGCGAAGAAGAAGUAGUGGAAGGUGAUCGCGAUGCAGAUGAAAAGUAUCACAUAUUUAUAAGGCACCGUUACAACAACUGUGUGGAGCUGCUGCUGGAUAACAUUGGCCAUGAAGCGUUCCAAGUGAAGGAGGCAGCUCUUCUUGCCCUAAUGAAAUUUGCCGCAGCUGAGGGGCAGCACCCUCUGCAGAAGCUGGAAUUGAGCAACCACUACAACUUCCCUUUAGAGCUUAUUUUGGCAGUUGUGCGGUGUCUGCUCUCUGAGACGGAGGACAUGGCUCUACUCAUCUCCAGGUUCCAGGAGUUCCUAGAAAUGGAUGAUGUGCGCUACUAUGUCAUGAGCUCCAUCCGUGACACCGUAACCAGAGUCAUGGACAGAAACAAGCGGGCUGUGAUGCCCGUAUUCCAGAACAAUGUUUUCACGCUGCUCACGAACAUCACUAUACCAAGCCAGAGUGCAGAGAUCAACAACUUCCUCAUCAAGCAAGAAGGUAAAUAUGAGGACUGGAAAGCAGCCAAAUUGAAAGAGCAGAAGCGAGCAUUUGAGCAGACGUGGCUGAUAUUUCUGAAGUACAAGUUGCCUGGUAACAUGUAUAAAAAGGUGCUAGUCAUCCUGCACGACUCUAUUCUGCCCCAUAUGAACGACCCCACAUUGAUGAUUGACUUUCUGAGUGCAGCGUACAGUGUUGGUGGAGCGGUCAGUUUGCUGGCUCUGAAUGGGCUGUUUGUCCUCAUCCAUGAGCACAAUCUAGAUUAUCCUGAUUUUUAUAAGAAGUUAUACAACCUACUGGACCCUUCAGUGUUCCAUGUUAAGUACAGAGCACGGUUCUUUCAUCUGGCCAACAUCUUCCUCUCCUCAAGUCAUCUACCUGUCUACCUUGUGGCAGCGUUUGUCAAGCGACUGUCACGUCUGGCCCUGACCGCACCUCCGACUGGUCUGCUCAUAGUACUGCCCUUUAUUUACAACCUCAUUCGCAGACACCCCUCUUGCAGAGUGCUCAUCCACAGACCCAGUGCAGCUGAUGAGCUCUGUAAUGACCCAUACGUGAUGGAUGAGGAGGACCCUGCCAAGUGUCAUGCUCUAGAGAGCAGUGUAUGGGAACUUAAGACCCUACAGAGUCAUUACCAUCCAGAUGUGGCCAAGGCAGCCAAAGCGAUAAACCAGCCUUUACCAGUGAUGGAGGUUGAUAUCAGCGAGCUGCUAGAGUUAACCACAUUCGAGCUGAUGGAGCGAGACCUGAAGAGCCAAAGUCAUUCGGUGCCACUUGAGUUUGACCCAGCCAGUGGCCUGCUUAAGAGUGCCAAAGAGGUGCUGGGUGUGCACUUCUCUCUGGAGUAGUCACCAUGCCUGCAAUGCCUCAUUUGCUCUCUGUUUGACUCUGUUUAUCUUAUUGUAAUAUUAUUUUCUUUUGGCUAAUGUUUCAGCUUGUUUUGUACAUGAACAUGUGAAUAAAUCACUAUUUGGGAACA